ACAUAAAGAAUUUGAGUUGAGAGAGAGAGAGAGAGGGUAGCAAAAUGAGUUUCUCUAGAUUGUUGGUAACGCUUUCUCUCAUGAUGAUGAUGUCCAUUUCUAAUGAACCAUUCGCAUUAGCUCACAAAGAAGAGUACAAGAUAUAUGGCUUUCCUUACUCCGCCAGCACUUGGCGCGUCUUGGCUGUUCUACAUGAGAAAGGUCUCUCUUACUAUCCCAUCACCGUUAACUUGAGAACCGGCGAGCAGAAGAAGCCAAGUUUUCUCUCUAUUAAUCCAUUUGGUCAAGUCCCAGUUUUACUAGACGGACAUCUAAAGUUAACUGAAUCCCGAGCCAUAUCACUAUACAUCGAGAAUACUCAUAGAUCAAGAGGCUCAAAACUCCUGAAUCACAAAAACUACAAGAAAAUGGGAAUAGAAACAAUGUGGAUGUAUAUCGAAUCUUUUGAGUUCGAUCCACCCGCAACGACACUCACUUUCGAGCAAGCCAUCAAGCCUAUGACAGGUCUAAAGACGGACUAUAAAGUUGUAAAUGAAACCGAGCCGCAGCUAGAGAAGGUUCUAGAUAUCUACGAAGAACGACUGAAAAUUUCGAGGUUCUUGGCUGGUAACAGAUUCACAUUAGCUGAUCUUUUUCAUCUUCCUAAUAUAGAGUACCUUAUGAACACAACUACAAAGAGACUGUUCGAGAACCGGCCUAACGUACACAGGUGGGUGGCUAAGAUUAUGGCUAGACCGGCUUGGAGGAAAGCUUGUGACGCCAACGCCUGGUACAAUGAGAUGGAGAAUUAA